GAUGGGAAAUAAACUGUGCCCUACUCUGGGUAGAGGACGGAGAAAAAACUCUUUCAAGUUGACACCAUUAGAUGAUCCUAGUCGUCAUGCUAGGAAACGCCCCGUUUCUCAACAUGCAAAGGCAUCAAAAUAUAUGUUUGAAUCUCCGAAGAAGGAAAACACUGCUGCAGAAUCACCUGUAAAUUCGAAAGCUCCAUCAAUCAGAAUUGAAGAGGACGAAGAAAUAGUUCUAACAAUAAACGAUGCGAUAGCAUCAAAGGAAGCUGAUACGGAUAAACAACAAAUAGUUUGCCAUGAAAAUAUGGGAUUUGAAAGUUCAUCGGAGGACGACAACUCGUUAAGAGGAGCAAAGUCGCAAUCAACAGAGUUACCAACGAAAACAGAUCAAUUAACGGUACAAAAUUUGGACGAUAUUCGUUUCCGGACAACGCCUGAUAGCAGUGUUGCAUCGGUGAGGGGUAGCUGUAAUUCAGACCAGUUCGACGACAGCGAAAUUAAAGAUGAAGUUGUUGCAGAAGAAGAAGCAGAUGAAGAUUUUAUUGUUUUAAAUAGAACUGUCCAUAGUAUUCAAGAAGAAAUCGUUACAACUGCUACAUCAAAAGAAAUAGCCGAAAUGACUACAAAAGAGGAUCAAUUUGAAGAUAUCAUGCAAAAAUUAGAGCAGAUGGUUAACGAAACAACGAGCUUACUCGAGAAAACGAAAUAUCGGGAGUCCGUACACGACAAUAGUUUAAUUGCUUUUAUGGAUUUUAUAAAGAAAAAGCACGAAGAUGACGAAAGUAAUCAAAUUAUUUCCGAAAUGGAGGAAAAGGAGAACGAAAACUUAAAAUUUUCUCAGUCGUUGAAUAAGCAAAUGGCAGAGAAACUUGCUGCUCAAGAUUUAUCUUCUGCUGAAUGUUGGCGCCUUUUAUCAGAGCAUAAAAAGGUUGUGCAAGACGUAACGAGAAAAAGAUUAGAAGAAAGGCAACGACUGCUUGGUAAGCUUAGAGAAAAAUUAAAAAAUAGAAGCGAUUUUAGGGAACAGGAGAAGGAUAAAGAAAUAGCCGAAGAACUAGCAUCUAAGUCAAGUGAUGAUGACGAGGAAGAAGCAAACGAUAAAGGAGACUUGCAGAAAGCGCAAGACGAUCAGAGUACGAUGACAACUUCUAAUCAAGUUGCUGGAGAGGUUGUGGUUCAUCAUCAAAUAAGUGAUGAUACAUCAUCCCUGUCAAGUCAAGCCCCGAGUGACGAAAUAUCGCUUCCAGUGGCUACAAGAGACGGAGAAAGUGCAAUUGAAAAAGAGAAUGAUGCCAAUGAAGCGACUGAAAAGAAUCAGUUUUCAAUUAGUUUCAACAUUCAGCAGGACGGUGUUUUAAAGCAAGAUGAGAAACUAGAACACCUUCUUGAACUGAACACAGUGAAUGCCAUCUGCAGGGAAAAUAUUACAAAAAAUGACAUCGCAACUGUCCUAUCCAAUUAUCAAGAUGAAAGAGAAAGGAUAGGAAAGCUAAGAGAAGCUGAGAGACAUCGAGUCUUGGAGUCAGUGCAAAUGAAAUUAAUGGAAAAAAGAACUGUUAUAAGUAUGGAAAUGGAGAAUAUUGGUGAAGAAUUAGAAAAAAUGCUUCGGCACUCUACUGAUCAGACGCAGAUUCGCGAAUUAGUUAGAACUCAACUGCAAAAUUUGUAG